AUGGCGAAGUUCGUGGCGUUUCUCGCCCUUUCUGCGUUUCUUUUCGGCACUGCGCUCUCAGAACAUGAAAAAGAGCCAACAUUUACUAUUCUUCCUUUCCCUCCUAUUAGCAAGACUGUGUCUCAGUCGACCACGCAUCCAGCCCCUCGCGGAAACAAGUUUCCUGACCCAGGGCUCCCUGACGCUGGGACAGCUACCCAUGGCUUAGAGACUGUUCAAGAACGGUCUACGGCGGCAUUCUUUACGGGCGUGGGUAUCUGUUAUUCUCCAUUUACCGCAGAUCGGAAAUGCAAGUCACAGCAAGCUAUUAACUCAGACGUUGCUCGACUCCGGAAAUACUCGACGAUCCGCCUAUAUGGCGUCGAGUGUAAUCAGGUUUCAAUGGUCAUGGCGGCUUCUAAGCAAUACGGUAUAAAAAUCUUCGCCGGCAUCUUUAGCCUGCAGCGCCUUGAUACGGAGUUACAAACCCUAAUCCGCGCCGCCAAAGGUUCCUGGUCAAGCAUCGCGGCUGUGAGCAUUGGAAACGAAUUGGUCAACAAACGCGCCAACUCACCAGGCCAAGUUGUCAAUGCCAUCAAUAAAGCGCGUGGCAUUCUUCGAGCAGCAGGCUACCACGGACCGGUGGUAACCGUGGACACUUCCAACACACUGAUCAAGCACCCUCAACUGUGUCGUGCGUCAGACUUUUGUGGUGCAAAUGCGCAUGCCUUUUACUCUAGCAAAACCAGAGCCCACGAGGCCGGUGCUUUUGCGCUCAAGCAAGCCGCGCUGGUUUCUUCCACUGCAGGUGGUAAGACCACCAUCAUCACCGAAUCUGGAUGGCCGUCUGCUGGUGGGACCAAUGGUGUGGCAGUGCCGUCGGACCAGAACCAGGCGAUCGCGGUAAAGAGCCUCAGGGAUGGUUUUAAAGGCAAGAAUGGACAGUUGUUUCUUUUCUCUGCAUUCAAUGAUAAAUGGAAGGAUGACUUCCAGGGUUCUUUUGGAACGGAGAAGUAUUGGGGCAUCGAAGACUAA